GUGGGACGAUUGAGGGCAAUGCCGGCUGAAGUUAGUAUAAAAGUGAAAGAUGUGGGCAACGAGGCAGCAUCCGACACAUAGUGAUACCUGUGAACGAACAGUGGAAUUUCUCUCAAUCGCCGAUUGACAGCAGCGGAACGGACGUUAAGAUGAAGGCAGCUAUGUUGAUAUUGGCGUGCGUAAUCGCUGUCGCCGCCGCAAGCCAUGGCUACCACCACCAGUAUCCCUUCUCGAGGGGAGAGAGAGACUUCAUCACUGGGCAAUUCAACGGUCGCUUUCACGGCUACGGAGGCUACGGAGGUCGCGGAGGUCACGGAGGUAGCGGAGGUCACGGAGGUCACGGAGGUAGCGGAGGUCACGGAGGUCGCGGAGGUCGCGGAGGUUACGGAGGUAGCGGAGGUCACGGAGGUCGCGGAGGUCGCGGAGGUUACGGAGGUCACGAAGUUUACGGAGGUUACGGAGGUCGCGGAGGUUACGGACGCGCGCGUUACGGGGGUAAGGGAUAUGGAUUAUACGGAAUCGGACACAGGAUUUUUGGAGGUUACGGCGGCUUCAACGGAUACGGGGCCGGAUUCAACGGUCAAGGUGAAAAUCUUCACUAAACGAGGUAAUGCCCAUGAGCGCAUUCGAUGAAAAAUUGCGCAUUCGGCGCAUUCGUCAUUAUUGUUCAAUUCGACCGAAUCUAAGAAAAUAUGCAAUUUGUAUUAGAUGCAUUAUCCAUCACAGCAGUGACGGGCCGCCUCGUAUCUCACGCGGGUACGUGCUGUUGAUACGAUUUCUACACGUUAUUUGCCGCCAUGUUAUCUUCAUCUGGGUGGCACAUCGUCCCCCCUUUUUUAUAAGAUGUACCACCAUCGCAGUUUUCUAAGACGAAUCGAGUCUUUCGCAAUUUGCAUUGUUAUAAAUACAAUAAUAAUCCAAAGAUUGUUAUUUUUAUAGUACGCUAAUUAAGAUGCGUGCAUAAGAAAUGCAUUAGUCUUGUUUUUCUCUCGUUUAUUUAUCAUAUUUGAGUUGAGUGUCAAGGUGUCAUAUGGUGUGUGCGUACUCAUGAAUAGGCAACGUAAAUGUGCGCGAACCAGACAUUUCUCAAGAAUCUAUGUGAAACGCUGAAAAUGUCAUAAGGUAUGAACCCUAUGUAACCUUGCUUUAAUAAAAUGCAGUGCGAAUUAAUUUGAUUGGCUGCAAUUCUGACUAGUACAUGCGGUUGCUUCCCGAUCGCAAUUCUGUGUGAAUGGCAGAAGUGGAAUUAUGGCGCUCUCUGCUGUAUUGUUACAUAUGCAUUUAUCUUGUUGUCACGCCGUUACUGAACGUUACUCGAGAUGACUUUAUUCGCUCAGGUUAACGUUUCACUGAUAGUAGCGCGAAUAUGCCAGCACACGUCAGGACCUGUGUUUUGUUGCUUUUUACGCUUGUUAUUGUUAAAUGUCUGUGAUAAUACCAAUCAUUAUUAAUUUUGAAAACAAUAAACGUUAUGUUUGUUUAACUCGA